AUGGACAAGUAUAAGAAGGCUGCAAGGGCUGUUCUGACUCCUAAAGUUGGGUAUGGUUUGGCUGAUGAGCUGAAACGGGCAGGGUUUUGGGUUCAAACCGUGUUGGAUAGGCCGCAAGUUGCAGAUGUUGCGCUGCAAAAGCAUAUGGUGGAUAUGAUGGAUCACAGGCGGGUUGAGUGCGUGGUCCUUGUAUCGGAUGAUUCUGAUUUUGUUGAUGUGAUAAAGGAAGCAAAGUUGCGAUGUCUCAAGACUGUUGUUAUUGGGGAUAUUAGUAGUAACGGAGUCUUGAAAAGGACUGCCGAUACUGCAUUUUCCUGGGAGGAAAUUUUGAUGGGGAAGGCUAAGAAGGAGGCUGUAUCGGUUAUGGAAAAUUGGAAAGAUCGUGAUAUAUUGAAAAGGUUGGAGUGGACGUACAAUCCAGAUGUGGAUAAAAAGAAACUCAACAUGGAUGAUGCAGAUGCUGAAGCAUCUGGAGAUGAUGAUAUUGAAGAUAUCUAUGAUGAAAUUGAUAAUGACUACAAUGAUGACAAAGGUUCUUGGUGGAAAUUAGACUCCGAUGAUAAUGAUGUUACAAAUUGA